AUGGACUAUGUAAACGACGAAAAUGAUGUGAAAGCAAUCAACGAUUUUUACAAUCAGAACAGGUGUAAUCCACAUUUAUUGAUAUAUAAAAGUGAUUAUGAUACCCAGUUGGAAAUGCCUUUAUUGUCAUCGGAAAGCAUUUUUAUGAUGCAAGCUGUUGAUGAAAAUGAUAGUGAGAGAAUAUGCCAAAUGAUUAAAGAUAUGCAGCUUAAUAAAUUGUUUAUAGACUGUAGUGAAGCCAUUUGUGAUAACCAAGAAUUUUUACUUGAUUUGAGAAAAGCAACAACACUGGAAGAAAUACGAAUAACAAGGUUUGGUGGUAAAUUGUCGAUACCAGAUUCCAUCAAGAUUAUUUCAAUUAAUUUUAAAGAUGUAACAAUCGUCACCAAUAACGCUAAAAUAGUGGAGAUGAGUAUCAAAUGUUGUAACGCAAAUGGAUUGAGAGUGGAAGAAGGCGUAUUGAAAAAAGUUUACUUUUGGCACCAAGGACUUGGUUUUACUUUUGUUCACAAUGGAGGGGAAUUGAAAAAUACACUUUACAUUGAUAAUAUCGACUUUGAUUACAGUCAGUUAGACAACCCAGAUGACCUCAAAGUGUACAAAGAAGGCAAACAAAUCGUAUUGAAAAAGGAAUAA